CGGGGAGCCGGGCUGCAGCUGCCGGCGCGGCGGGCGCCAGGACGGCCCAGCUCCCCGUCUGCCCCGGCCGAGCUGUGCGAGCCGGGCCGCCGAGCCGGCCGGCAGCGGGGAGAUGAGCGGCGGCCCCGCGGCAGCGCCCCAGGAUGGGGAGGAACGCGCGGCAGUGUCUCCGGGAACUGGCGGCCCGGUGAAGUAGGAGCCGCCGGCAGCCCGCCUGCAGCCUGCCGUUCCGCGCCGCCUCUGCCAUGGCCGGAUCCGGCGCGUGGAAGCGCCUCAAAUCUCUGCUGAGGAAGGAUGAUGCGCCGCUGUUCUUAAAUGACACCAGCGCCUUUGACUUCUCGGACGAGGUGGGGAACGAGGGGCUUUCUCGGUUUAACAAACUUCGAGUCGUGGUGGCCGACGAUGGUUCUGAAACCCCGGAAAGGCCUAUUAACGGGGCGCACCCAGCCCUCCAGGCCGACGACGACUCCUUGCUGGACCAGGACCUGCCUUUGACCAACAGUCAGCUGAGUUUGAAGGUGGACCCCUGUGACAACUGCAGCAAACAGAGAGAGUUACUGAAGCAGAGAAAGGUGAAAACCAGAUUGACCAUUGCGGCCGUUCUUUACUUGCUUUUCAUGAUUGGAGAACUUGUAGGUGGAUACAUUGCAAAUAGCCUAGCAAUUAUGACUGAUGCACUCCAUAUGUUAACUGACCUAAGUGCCAUCAUACUGACCCUGCUUGCUUUGUGGCUGUCUUCAAAAUCACCAACCAAAAGGUUCACCUUUGGAUUUCAUCGCUUAGAGGUUUUGUCGGCUAUGAUUAGUGUGCUCUUGGUGUAUAUACUUAUGGGAUUCCUCCUAUAUGAAGCUGUCCAAAGGACUAUCCAUAUGAAAUAUGAAAUAAAUGGAGAUAUAAUGCUCAUUACUGCAGCUAUUGGGGUUGCAGUUAACAUAAUAAUGGGAUUUCUGUUGAACCAGUCUGGUCACCAUCACGCCCAUUCCCACUCCCUGCCUUCAGAUUCUCCUACCGUAGGUCCUGGGUGUGGACACAACAAUGGGCAGGAUAGCCUGGCGGUGAGAGCUGCUUUUGUGCAUGCCUUGGGGGAUUUGGUACAGAGCGUUGGUGUGCUAAUAGCUGCGUACAUCAUACGAUUCAAGCCAGAAUACAAGAUUGCCGAUCCCAUCUGUACAUAUGUAUUUUCAUUACUUGUGGCUUUUACAACAUUUCGCAUCAUAUGGGACACAGUAGUUAUAAUACUGGAAGGUGUACCAAGCCAUUUGAAUGUAGACUAUAUCAAAGAAUCCCUGAUGAAAAUAGAAGAUGUAUAUUCAGUGGAAGAUUUAAAUAUCUGGUCUCUCACUUCAGGAAAACCUACUGCCAUAGUACAUAUACAGCUAAUUCCUGGAAGUUCAUCUAAAUGGGAGGAAGUGCAGUCCAAAGCAAAGCAUUUAUUAUUGCACACGUUCGGCAUGUAUAAAUGUACUAUUCAGCUUCAGAGUUACAGGCAAGAAGGGGACAGAACUUGUGCAAAUUGUCAGAGUUCCAGCACCUAAUUUGAUAUGUUUUGGGGACUACUGCCUUAUUCUCCUGCAGUCACAGACCUGAGAGCAAUAAAUGCACAACUAAUGAGAAAAUGGGAUCCCUGACAGCUGUGUCCAUAUCAAGCACCAGGCUCGCCGAAACGGUCACUCCAGCCUGACAGUGCUAGUUUCUCUUUAAUGGUAAACUGAGACUUCACCAUGAUUUUCAGAUGAAGACGUUUCCAAAACACUGUUUACAGAAUGAGACGUGACUCUACAGAUACCUCAUAGAAGACAAUCCGAGACCGUACGUCAUUAGUUAUGACAGAGUACCUAUCCUAGAGGAAGCAUCAAGAAUUCAGUAUUUGCAUUUAAAAAUCCUUUUUAAAGACCACUUUAUAUCAAGCCAGUGCUGGAAAACUGAAUUUUUUUUUUUAUUAUUAUCUAAUCUUGACACCCAGCCACCCAGCUUCUGGAAUUUGACACCCAGCUCUCUGUUUUUACAGAAAUUAUUUCUCAACAGAUUUCAGAAAGUACUAGUAAUUAUCCAGAGAGUGGAAUAAGCAUGUAUUCCUAAGUGUUUCAGAGAUGUUUUAUUUCACAAAUAAGUCUUAAUGUUAUUGUUAUAGUUAAUACUUUAUAAACAACUUUUUCCAGAUGUUACAGGGUUUUGAAUCUCAAAGUUAGCAUUUUUGGUUAUUUGCAAUCUUAUCAAACCAGAUCUUUACAUAUUGUGGUCACUGUCAUUAUUUAGGAAAUAUUUUAAGUAUUAUUCUGAAUGGCAGAAAUUAAUCUUAAACGCAAAUUACUAUAUGAUAAUUUAAAACAAAAUAUAGAAGCAAGGAUGGGGUGUGGCCUUUCAAAUUUAAGUCUUCUUGAAAUCGCUUUUACUGUUCAUGGAAUUAUCUUCACUUAAGAACAGCAAGAGACUGCAAAUGUAAACAGUGGUCCUCUGUCUUUCUAAGAACUGCCUUACAUUUUGUACAGAAAGUUCGCUAGGGACGUUGCUUCCCACCUCCAUGCCACUUAAUCUGUGUGGGCUUUUUCAGGGUGAAACUCUGGAGGGCCAAGUUUCAGUUUGCAAUCCCCACCUCUCACGUGUAGAUUAACCACGUUCCUCCAGAGAGAAUUUCUGUUUGAUGAUAUGGGUUUGGGAUGCUCCAUGGAUUCCAGAAACUCUUAAGAUAUCAUUUUGAGGUUUUCCAAUAAUACCAUAGCAGAAAUGCUCAAAGGGAUUGAGGGAAGAGACUCCUCUGAGAAAACAAAACUUUCAAGGGUUUUGACCUUGUGUGUGUGUGUUUAAAGCACUGGAAUAGGGAUGGUCAUUACAUCUGUGUGGGUGAGAGGCUAAGCAAAAGUUUCCAAACCAAAGGCAGCCUAGUUGGUACAGUUGUGUUAGAGAGGCAGCUGUGAAUAUUCAUGUUUCAUUUUGCAACUGUUGGUGUUAGAUUACCUUUAUGCACAUUAGGAGUCCGUUUUCAACAGAGACAGUUUCUUAUACCAAGAAUGGAUAUAGUUCUAGAGCAGAGUAACAGACGUCAGCGCAAUGUACCAGACAAGUUGUGAAAUUGAAAUCCUAGAUAGGCAUGCAGGUGACUUAUAAAUGAAGAAUAGGAAACAGAUUUUCAUCUUUCUGCCAUGUUCCUCACUAUACAUAAACCUAAGAUAAAACCUGGAUUUACCUAAAAGAUUGUUAAGAGUUGAUGGUAUCCAGUAAAGGGUUGAUAAGGGUUAACGGUACCUAAUAAAACCCAGUAAGUGUUUUUUGAAUUGAAAAUUUUGCUUUAUGGGAUUCUUAUUGUGAAUCUACUUACAAUAAUGAUUUGAAUUUUUCAAAAAUUUUAGGAGCAUAUAAACUGUUUAAGUCAAAAUAUUCUUGAAUAGAGAAGGCAAGUAAGAAUAAACGAGAGGGAUUUCAGUGGGCAUCUGGGCAUUUAUGGACUUUGGGUACCUAGCGAAAGAAAGAAUGUGCAUUAUAUGCUAAUGGUUUUCCCAUAUUUGCAGUUUCCUGUAUCUGCUGAGCUUGUUUCUUGUAAACCUUCCUUUAUCUUAAACAGGUGUAUCUGACUUUUCUUAUUAAAUCCAUUCAAGAAUUGAAAAGGAUCCUUUUGUAAAAUGCAGAAACACUGAAAAUUUUUGUAAAUCUUAAUUAUCAUGUUCUGCUUAAAAUGAGAGGUACACAUGAAGUUUCCUGUGCUUUGGUUUUUUUGUAGGAAGAACUACAGAUUUUGUAUUUGUAUUUUACUGGGUCUGUGAGAUUUGAGAACUGAUAGAUUUAACUUUUUGGAACUUGACAAUACCCACAGAGAAGGACGUGAACGUAGCAGAUACGACCAGGGACCGCACAGCUUCUGACACAGAGCGUUUGGUCGGCUUCACCCGCUGAGCUACACCCUCGAGUUACACUCCUCAGCCAGCUCUCCGGGAAAGAGCUCUCCAUCGUCCUGUGGAAAGCUGUGGCUGAGUUUGGAUAGGCACCUCGCAUUGUUAAUUUUGCACUGGGAAAACAGAUCACAACGUAAAAACUGGGCAGUUCUUCAGUGCAAUGUGUUUUAAUUAACAUUUGCAAAUAAUCAAGAGUUACUUGUGUACAUAAACCUAUAUUUCACAACUCUGGCCAGGUGCAGCCUUCUGAUUUAUUUUAGGAAAAGACCUAUUGUUUCAUUAAUGACCAUGCUGCCUUAGAAAUAUAAUGUGGGGGAUGUAGUUCGAUAAGGCAUAUUUUAGAGGGCUUUGAAAUGCAGAACUAGAAGCGACUGGAUUCCUGCAUACAGUUCCAUUAGCUGUGCCUUGUGUAACGUGAGCCCAGAUCUUCACAACCUGCAGCUCCCAUCAGUAUUGUUUGCCAAAUCACUGGAUUUCUUAUUUUACUGUUUCCUCUUCAACUUUGGAUGAUUCAUUUCCAUUUUCUAAAACCAAGUUUCCUGCUGUUAGGAGUCUCAGUGUUCUGGCUCUGUCUCUGGAACCCAGGUGUCCUCACUGACAGUGUUUGCCUUUAGUAGACUUCUCCCAGAAUAGACACAAGCAGGAUCAGAUAUGUGAGCUUCCCUGUCAUUUUAAUGUGAGGAAAAACCAUCUUUCAGAGACAAAGCACCACUUAUAAAUGUGUUUCUAGGUGGGGAAGAGCCUUUUUUUAACAGCUGGUGGUUCCCGCUCCAGAGUUCUCUACUCACUGAACUUUAGAGUUUAAGUGUGGUCGAAAUGGACUGCCCUGCGCACCCACAAGAGAAGAUCUUCGCUCAGAAGACUGGGUCGUGUUUCCUCAAACCACCACUGUCACUACUUCAGGAGAGAGAAUCAUUCAUUUCCAAAACAAGCACAAUUAGCUAAAUUUAUUUUCUUUUUAUGCAUUUAUAUUAAUUGGUUCCCCAUAACGAAUAAGGCAUUCUUACAGAAUUUGAGCCCCUUUGGAAUAUGGUUUUAGGCAAUUUUGCUGUUGACUAUACCUUACACAGAGUAAAUUUAAAGUUACAGAAUGUGUUCCUAGAUAUAAGAUUGGUUCAUUUGGUUCAGUUUGUCUUUGAACCAAGCUUAGUUCAUGAGCCAGUUGGGUAUUAGUCACAAAUGAAUAGUGACACCUUGCUAUAUGCUGUGUUGAGGGGAGGCAAGUCUGAUCUCCAAAUAAUUGAUGAAGCUUAAUAUCUCUCUAACCAAAAUACCAUUUGCAAACCCUAACUACAGAUCUGUUAUGUGCAUCCCACCAGACAGGGCUUCAGAUGUCCUUUACAGAUUGCCAGUCAGGGAUAUUGGUUGUGAUGUUGUAGGAGCGUGCAAACUGGAGAGAAGAAAUCGCUGUGGGAGUUCCGCUGUAUUGAAUUGUGUGGGUGCAUUCAGGCCAGCGUGUCAUUGAAUUCUCACUUACCAAGGGUUUAAUCUGUUCUUCUAAUCAUGUGGUGAGGACCAACAAACAUUUUCUGAUUUUUGGUAAGAUUGGAAAACAUUUAUGAAGGCUUUCUCAGUUAAAUCUAUGACAGUGUCAAUUUAAAUAUUGCAAUUAAGUAUGUUCUGAAAUAACUGUAACACAGAAUUGGAAUGUGCCAGUAUGUCAGCUUUGCACCCGGAAGAUACUGUAUAUUUGGAAAGCUUAUGCUUCUCUAAAUAAACAGAUGUUAAUAAGUAAGCCAUAUCACAGUUUAAGAAAUUGUAUAUACUUUUCCAUGUGCCCCUUGAGAAACCAGGUAUUUUGCAUAUGAUUGAUUUUAGAAAGAUUUUGAAGUUAUGGUUUGUCCAUGUAAUUUAAGAUUAUAGCAUAUGUAUAUGUACUGUAUUUGCAAUUUUCAAAUUGUAAUUUCCUAUACAUUUAUUAAAUAAAGUAUUGUUUUGCCAUGUGGUUUAUUAAA